AUCCAGUUUGGUAAUGCGCGGCCCAGGAACGGAGUCGUAGCACCAAAAUAAGCGCGGAGAACUCAUAUGCUUUGUUGAGCACACUAUCUAGUAUUCUCCAUUCUCAAAGCAACAAUGUCGUCCGUCAUCGCCUUCUCUACGACUACAACGCCGGCGGCGACGGUCCAUGGCGCGUACAUCAACCGCCGGUCAUUUCCCCGUCGCCUCGCAGGCCAUCAUUCACGGCUCGCCAGGUCAAGAUUGCCACAGAUUACUGCUGCUCUUGCUCAGAAGACCGCGUUGCAGUACAGGAAACUCGGCGACUCUGACCUCGAAAUCAGCGAAAUUACGAUAGGAACAAUGACCUUCGGGGAGCAGAAUACUGAGAGAGAAGCUCACGAAAUUCUCAGUUAUGCAUUCGAGAACGGCGUUAACAUCCUGGACACUGCAGAAAUGUACCCUGUACCACCGAAGAAGGAAACACAAGGGAGAACAGAUCUCUAUGUCAGUAGCUGGAUGAAGUCUCGGCCCCGCGAUAAGGUUAUUCUGGCAACAAAGGUUGCUGGUUAUACACAACGAUCGAAUUACCUCCGCGAUGAUGCUGACAUUGUUAGGGUCGAUGCUGCUAACAUCAAAGAGAGCGUGGAGAAAAGCCUUAAGCGUCUCGGGACUGAUUACAUUGAUCUGCUGCAGAUUCACUGGCCUGAUCGCUAUGUACCAUUGUUUGGUGAGUUCUUUUAUGAUUAUUCAAAAUGGAGACCAAGUGUGCCUAUUGUGGAGCAAUUGCAGGCCUUUAAAGAACUUGUUGACGAAGGAAAGGUGCGGUAUAUAGGUGUAUCAAAUGAGUCCUCUUAUGGAGUGAUGGAGUUUGUUCAUGCUGCCAAAGUUGGAGGCCUACCAAAGAUUGUCAGUAUCCAGAACAGCUAUAGUCUGCUAGUGAGAUGUCCAUUCGAGAUUGAUCUUUCUGAAGUUUGUCACCCUAACAACUGCAACAUUGGCCUACUCGCUUACUCUCCCCUGGCUGGUGGAGCACUUUCUGGUAAAUACUUGGAUCUGGAUUCUGAAGCUGCAAAGAAUGGAAGAUUCAAACUCUUCCCUGGGUACAUGGCAAGAUACAGAGAUUCACUCGCCAGGGAAGCAACAGUACAUUACAUUGAAAUGGCAAAGAAGCAUGGUUUAACUCCAGUUCAGCUAGCCCUGGGAUUCGUUCGAGACCGACCUUUCGUGACAAGUUCUAUUGUGGGUGCGACAUCUGUUGCCCAACUCAAAGAAAACAUUGAUGCUUUUAUCACCACGGAGAGGCCUUUAUCACCAGAAGUAGAGGCGGAUAUCGAGAGCAUAUUCAAGAGAUACAAAGAUCCUGCUAUCCUCUGAGAAGUCCAGGUCCUGUAGAUUGUUAACAGCAACACCUAUUUCUUCUGGUCCUGUAUACCUUUUACCUUUGGCAAGCGCAUAUUUGAGAGUGACAGUCGCUCGAUGAAUUAGUUGCAAGAUAGCAGACAGAAAGACUAAGGGGAACGCUUCAUUGUCUCUAUCUCCAGAUUGUAACCAAUAACUUUGAGUGCUCACCGAGCUGCUGCUUAGGUUCGGAAGGUAAUCCGACAACGAUAAGCAGUUCUCGAACACUAAACUAUACUAUUCGAAAAAGAAUCUAAUUAUCCACAUGUUUGGAUUCUGCAUUUCAAUUAUGAAGAUCAAGCAGAGAUAGUCAAUGAU